GGAAUGGAAACCGUCUGUAAAGUUCCUCAGGCCACGCCCGAGUUUCUGAGGAGUAUUCAGUCAGUCAGAGACCCAGCAUCUAUCCCUCCUGAAGAGAUGGUAAGAUGACAUGCUUCAGCUGUAACGAAGGCUUCUUUGUGUAACUGAGUGUGCAACUUAAAAGAACCUUUCAUCUGCCCCCUCUUUCUUGGCCAAGCUGCGGACGCCUCAGAAUGCCUUUGGCCGGACAGCUCCUCAGAUUAAUCUUAUCACCACAGCAGGGAGCCUUUUCCCUGACAGUCCGCUUACAUUUUUGGUGGUACGGACACCUAGGAUACCGUGUAAAGACAGGCUUGGUGCUUCAGACCCAUUUCAGGGUCUUUGUAUUUUGCUGGAAGCCCGAAGAGCUGGGGACGCAACACUCCAGCCCUUCCUUUGCUUCCCCGAAGCCAUUCAUCGGCCUGUCGGUUAUUGGUUAGGACGCCACGAGACCUAGAAGAGUGAUGAUUGGCAUUAAUAAUCUUGAGUGACAAAGGUUCCAUCCACAAAUUUCCCUGUCUCCAGAAUUCACAACCCUGCCUGAAUCACACGGACAUGCCCGGGACGCCUUUGCGUUUGGGACAUUGGUGGAAAGUUUGCUCACAAUCUUAAGUGAACAGGGUUGGUUUUUGCUCUCGUCAGUCUCCAGCUAUAGAGGUCCUGGAAAGAGGGAGAAGGCAUUGGAAACUAACUGUAGCUCUGGAUUUCAGUUUCAGCGGAUGUUCUCUCCAGCUUUCAACAGACCUUGCACUCAACCUUGCUGAAUCCCAUUCCAAAAUGUCGGCCAGCGCUCUGCACCUUACUGUCCCAUGACUUCUUCAGGUGAGGGCAUCUGGCGGCCUUGGCUGGCUGUUUCCCUGCGGCUGGCCUGCUCUCAGACCUGGCGUUCCGGCCGUGGGGUUUGGGGGCCCCGGUCACGCAGUCCCUCCUGUGGUUGCCGUUCACUGUCAGGAGAGGUUUAAAUCACGUCCACAUGGGAAAACAGAGGGCAAAACUGGGCUGCCUUGGGUUCUUACCACAGGAAGUUUGAGAAAUCUUUAACUCUGGUGAAGGCUUGAGUUUAGAAGUUACAGCCAGGUCCCCUUAGGACUUGGGUUGGCUUGCGGUUUGCAGUUGUCAAGGAAUUGAGAAACUCUCUACUGCCAUCGUGUUCUUGAUAAGAAUUUGUCAUUGUUGAAAAUUUUUCUUGUUGGGGGGAAAGGAGCUCAUUUUUCUUCAGGCAGAAGAUUGUCUUCUUGGUUUAGUAAUACAUGAUGGAAGAGAAGCACAGAAGUCUAAAGGGAGGGCACGAUAGAAUGGUAAUACUGUCGCUGGAUUCAGAGAUGUUUUUGAACCUCUCUUCAAGGAAUGAUUUUCUAGAAGUUGUGAAUUUCUUGAAAAGUUUAACAUUGAAGAGUGAAGAGGAAAAAACUGAGUUUUUCAAAUUCCUGCUGGACAGAGUCAGCUGCUUGUCAGAGGAGUUAAUAGCCUCACGGUUGGUGCCUCUUCUGCUUAAUCAGUUGGUGUUUGCAGAGCCGGUAGCGGUUAAGAGUUUUCUUCCUCAUCUGCUUGGCCCCAAAAAAGACAGUGCGCGGGGAGACAGCCCUUGCCUGCUGUCACCGGCCCUGUUCCAGUCGCGGGUGAUCCCUGUGCUGCUGCAGCUGUUUGAGGUGCACGAGGAGCACGUGCGGCUGGUGCUGCUGUCUCACCUGGAGGCCUACGUGGAGCACUUCACUCAGGAGCAGCUGAAGAAAAUCAUCUUGCCGCAGGUGUUACUGGGCUUGCGUGAUACCAGCGAUUCCAUUGUGGCAAUUACUCUUCACAGCCUAGCAGUGCUGGUGUCUUUGCUUGGACCAGAGGUGGUUGUGGGAGGAGAAAGAACCAAGAUCUUCAAACGCACUGCCCCAAGUUUUACGAAAACGGUCGACCUUUCCCCAGAAGAUUUUCCCCCGCAUGUCGUCUGUAGCCAGCAGACUCAGAUGGCGCCAGUCGUGGAGAAGCCCUCCUCUGGCACAUUCCCUAAAUGUUUCUUUUCUGGCAGCAUGCCCGUCAGCAAGAAGCACAUACAGCAAGAUUGCUACAAUACUCUUUUACAGACAGGUGAUCAAUUUCCUCAGCCUAUUAAAUUUCCCAUGAAUGGACUCUCAGAUGUGAAAAAUACCUCGGGAGAUAGUGAGAACUUCCCAGCAGGUUCUAAAAAGUCUGAGGAGUGGCCUGACUGGAGUGAGCCUGAGGAGCCUGAAAACAAAGCUGUCAGCAUCCAGAUUUGUCCCACAGAAGCCUACGAUGCCUCCACAUCCCCACUCACUAACGUGAACGCGGAGGAGGUGGUGUGGGAUGACUUUGAAUCCAGCAGCUUAGAUACUGAAAUAAGUGCAAGAGGUGGAGUCUCAGCUGUCAGCCAGGGUACCUCAGGGGAACAGGAGGCUAUCUCUACUUUGGUUUCACUCACUGAAGAGUCCAAGCCUUUGAAAUUGAGUCUACCCCAAAAGACCAAUCUUGCACAAAGUGGGGAUGACCCAGACCAAACCAAGCCACCAAAAGUGUCAUCCCAAGAAAGGCGCCUUAAGGCUCCAUCAGAACUUGGUUUAGGAGAGGAGUUUACCAUUCAAGUAAAAAAGAAGCCAGUACAAGAUCCAGAGUUGGACUGGUUUGCUGAUAUGAUUCCAGAAAUUAAGCCUUCAGCUGCUAUUCUUAUUUUGCCUGAACUGAGGACAGAAAUGAUGGUUUCUGACAAGGAUGACGUCUCACCAGUGAUGCAGUUUUCCUCAAAAUUUGCUGCAGCAGAGAUGACUGAGGGAGAGUCUGAAGGCUGGGGAGACGAAGGGGAGCUGAACUGGGAAGAUAAUAACUGGUGACAACGGGUAUAACUUUAGGGAAAAGGAUUUCUUUAAAAAAAAAAAAAAAAUCAAACUAAUACCUCAAAGUGGGCUCUGCAGACAAGAAAACCCAGAAGCAUCUGUUUUUCCCAUCUGUGCCAACUGAAGCUCGAGCCCCCGAGUGCUGGCUGGUGCCCCAGCAGCAAAGAGCCCCAGCGCUGGUUUUGCGGAGGAGGAGCUCGUGUGCGUCUGACAGGCCAGUUUCUGUGAAGAGCAAGUAGCUAUGGAAAGGUUGAAUUUACUGCUUUUUUCCAGGACAAUUCCAGAAGAAAAUAAAUACAAAAAUUCAAGCUGAUUAGCUUAAUUUUGUGCCAUUUCUUUAACAGAAGAGUAAGCUUUAUUAUGAAAUACAACUACGGAAAAAAUUUUAGCUGUAAAGUAUAUAAAUAAUUUUAAAUUGCUAAGGUUUCCUUAGGCAGCUUAUUUAUUUGUUUACAGUUGUACUGUCUGUGGCCCUAUGGGUACCUGGGCAGUCCCUGACUGUUCCACAUGUAUUACAUGUACCAAAGUUCUUCACGAGAAAUCUCCCCCACCACCUGUUCUCUAAACAUCCAAUAAAGACUAUUUUCACUAGA